CAGCUCUGCCCAUCAGCAGUGGCUGUGGAGAUGGCAUUGCAGUUCGAAGCCUUCUGUGCAGAGGGCCUGGCCCCAGGCUGGAGCCUGCUGGUGCAAGGGCAAACGGACUCUGGAGAGGACAAGUUUGAGAUCAACUUCCUGUCCGAGACGGGGGACAUUGCCUUCCACGUCAAGCCCCGCUUCACCAGCGCCACCAUGGUGGGCAACGCCUUCCAGGGCGGCCGCUGGGGCCAGGAGGAGGUGUCCAGCGUCUUCCCGCUGGUGCUGGGGGAGCCCUUUGAGAUGGAGGUCAGCUCAGACGCUCAGCACUUCCACGUCCACGCCCAGGAGCGCACAGUGCUGCAGUUCGCCCACCGCCACAGGCCGCUGGCGGCCAUCACCCGGGUGCAGGUGCUGAGUGACCAGCGCCUGGCCCAGGUGCAGCUCGUCAGGAGGGGCCUGGGCUGGGGGUGACACUCCUACCCCACCCCUCCCUGCUGCAGGGCCAUCAGUGUGCAUCCUUACCCUGGGACCCCAGCAGCCUGGAGGGGCUCUCGGCUUUGUCCUCCCCCUGCCCCCUGUAUGGGCAGGGGCCGGGGCUGAGCCGAGCGGAGCCGGGUCUGGCAGCUGGCUGGGCUGGGGGUUACUGAGCCACGUCCCAGGAGCGGGCCUCGGCCACCAGCCAUCCCCUAUGCCCCGGGGCCAUGGGGAGUGGUGCAUGGCUCUGGGGACCCCUCUCCAGCUCCACAUUCAAUAAAGUCUGAGCAGAG